AUGAGAUGGUUUAACGGUUUAAGGGCUAAUUCUAUCGAUUCCUUCAAGAAACUUACCCAGGCUUUUGGCGCUCGCUUUAUUACCUGCAACAGGGUUCCUCGGCCUUUGGGGUCUUUGUUGUCUAUGUCCAUGCAAGAAGGCGAGACUCUUAAAACUUAUUCAGACAGAUACUGGGAAAUGUUUAAUGAGAUAGAGGGAGAGCAUGAUGAUGUGGCUAUAAGUACUUUCAAGGCCGGUCUUCUAGCCGAGCAUGAUUUGAGGAAAUCUUUAACUAGUAAACCUGUCACUAGUGUACAUCAAUUGAUGGAUCGAAUUGACAAGUACAGAAGAGUAGAAGAAGACCAACUUCAGGGAAAAGGAAAGGCUACGAUAAUCCCUCAAGAGAUGAGGGAUUUCAGGUCGAACAAGUACAACAAUAACCAGCCUCGGAAAGACUUUGUUAGGCAGUCAGGUUCUGCCAACACCCAGGCGGUUAAUGCUGUGUUUCGGGAAUCGGUGCAACAGGUAUUGGAGAAGAUCAAUAAUGAACCAUUUUUUAAAUAG